GCCGGCGUCGGCGCCGCCCCUCGUGAAGACCGAGGAGCCCGAGGAUGGGAAGCCAGCGGCGCCUCCGCCCGCGGCGGCCGCCAAGGCCGAGGACGAGCAGGAGGAGGUCGACUACGGCGGGGACGCGCCCGCGCCUCCGAAGCCGGAGGCGCCCCUACGCGCCAUGCCUGACUACGGCGACCUCGUGGACGGCGACGGGGACGAAGGCGUAGCCAAGAUCGAGCCAGCGGCGACCGGCGGCGUCAGGGCCUCGCCCGUGUCCGGGGCGGCGGCCAGGGCGGACGCGCUGUUCAUCGGAGCCGUGCAGCGGCUCACGCGCACGCACCUGGACGAGGUCUUCACGGCCAAGGGCCUCAGGAGCUUCGUGCAGGUGGACUGGAUCGCGGACGAUCAGGUCAUCGUCGAGUUCGCCAGCGCGAAGGACGCGGCGGCUGCGCUGAGCGGGGUGCGGGCGGGCUUCGACGACGUCGAGCUGGAGGACGACGCCCCUCCGGGACCGGGCCUCUGGCGGGCGCAGCGCGGCAUGCUCGAGUUCCGGCAGGCCACCGCCGCGGACACCCCUGCGCCGGGCUUCCAGCGCAAGCACCGGGCGGGCAAGCAGGUGCGCGAGUUCCGCUUCUGGGAGGCGAUAAAGGACUCGGACAGGCGGGUGCUCGAGCACGAGGAGCCCGCGGUGGGGGACAAGCGGCCCAUGUCCAGCGGCGAGGACUGCAUCGCGGCGGCGAUGUGGGGCGACCCCGAGGACCGCGCACUGCAGCCGCCUCUCCUCUGGGACGGGCGUUCGGCGCUCAGCCACCGACACGGACGACGACGGCGCGGACUUGCUGAAAAUGAUGGCGUUGCAGGACAAGUCCAUCCUCGUCAAGGAGGAGCAGCGCGGAGAGGUUCCCCAGGUCAACGAGACCUCGCUGGUCAACGUGAGAUUCGAGGACGAGGAGGCGGCGAAGUGGGAAGAAGACAGCUGGUGGGAGCGCGACGGCGGCGGCAAGUGGGGCCGCGGCGGCUGGCGGGAGGACGACUCCUGGUGGUCUGGGUCCUGGGGCAGCGGUCGAGGGCCGUGCUUGAGCAGGGUGGCGGUGCUGCUGCGGGGGUCAAGCAUUAG